CUGGCGUGAGUGCGGCGCGUGGGUCGUGCGCGUGCGCGCUCGCUGGAGGCGCGGGGCGGGUGCGCCGGGCCGUUGCCGGCGCGAGGCUGCUGAGGUUGGCGGCAGCGGUGCCGCGCGCCCGUAAGACCGGUAGUUGCGGGGCCCCUCGCUUCGCCCCGGGCUGCUGGCAGCCGUGGCGGCCACCGGAGACCGCAAGGGGUGGAGGAAAGCAGGGGGCGGCGGGGGCCAGCCUCGACACGCAGAGGAUCAGCCGAGCAUGCCCCGAGACAACAUGGCCUCCCUGAUCCAACGGAUCGCCCGCCAGGCGUGUCUCACCUUCCGGGGCAGCGGGGGCUGCCGCAGCGCUUCCGACCACGGCGCGGCGCCGGGCUCCGAGGCCCCUAUGCCUCAGGGCUUCCCGGAGAACCUGAGCAAGCUGAAGAACCUGCUGACCCAAGUCCGCGCGGAGGACCUGAACAUCGCCCCGCGCAAGGCCACGGUGCAGCCGUUGCCGCCCAACCUACCACCGGUCACCUAUAUGCACAUCUACGAAACCGACGGCUUCAGCCUCGGCGUGUUCCUGCUCAAGAGCGGCACGUCCAUUCCGCUUCAUGACCACCCGGGCAUGCACGGCAUGCUCAAGGUGCUCUACGGCACCGUGCGCAUCAGCUGCAUGGACAAGCUGGAGGCGGGCGGCGGGCAGCGGCCACGGGCCCCGCCGCCAGAGCAGCAGUUCGAGCCGCCGCUGAAAGCCCGGGAGCGGGACGCCAUGCGGCUGGGCGUGCUGCGCUCGAGGGCCGAGUACACCGAGGCCAGCGGCCCCUGCGUCCUCACCCCACACCAGGACAACCUGCACCAGAUCGACGCCGUGGACGGGCCCGCCGCCUUCCUGGACAUUCUGGCCCCGCCCUAUGACCCGGACGAAGGCCGGGACUGCCACUAUUACCGGGUGCUGGAGCCUGUCAGGGACAAGGAGCUCUCCGGCUCGGCCUGCGACCUGCCCCGAGAGGUGUGGCUCCUGGAGACCCCUCAAGCCGAUGACUUCUGGUGCGAGGGGGAGCCCUAUCCAGGUCCCAAGGUCUUCCCUUGAAGCCGCCAGCGCCCGGUUGCCGUGGGGCGAAGACGUGCCCUGUUCACAUCUGGGCCUGGCUACCCGCGACCCACCAUAAGGGCUCUCUCCCUACCCGCAGGCCUGGGCUUUGGAUCUACUGGAAUGGGCUGUAGCUGCUUUCUCCGGAGCCGUGGGAAGCACUGGCGACUGGAGUGCAGCCGCGGGGUCGGGUUAAGGGGCGGGGAAGGCUAGUAGACUAGGUUGUUUCCUGGCUCUGUCACUGCCAUUGGGGUUUUGGUUUGGGGGAAAGGGGGGCAGGGGACUAUCUGAAGCGCUUCCAUCCUAAAGCCAUAAUGAAAAUAGUCUUUUCUCUGUUCUUUAUACUAUACAAAAUACACUAAAAGCCCCCACACCCCCUACCCCGGGUAAAUAGGAUUUGUUUUCCACCUAUGUCCCUUUUACUCCUUAUUGUUGUAAUUCUAAUUUAUUGAUUGCAUGACCCAGUGGUUUGAAUUGUUUUUAGUUCAAGUCACUGGUAAAAACUAGGUUUAACAAGAUGAGCUACUAUGUAAAGUGAAAAUUAGAUCAUUUUUCCAGAGUUGGAGUAUCACCCCCAAAGCAUAACUAUGCAUGUAGAGGACAAGAUUUGUUUUCUUUCCUCCUCUUGCCCGGUAGCCACAUCUGGUUUACUCUGGCAGCAUCUACCAAGAAAUCCAGCGCCUGCAUAUCUCAGUGACAGAUGAUCACUUAGAGCUUAUUGUCCCCUUGAGUCUCCAGAUCUGGGAGUUAAGCAGAUUUCUUGUUGCAGAUUCACCUUUAAUGCAAAAACUAUAUUACCUUCAAAUGACUUUUCAUUUUGGGGGGAGGGUCUUCGUGAGCUUUAAGAGGUGAUAGGUUAAUUCUGGGUUUUCUAACCAGAAGAUUCAAAGGAGCUGAAUCGCCAUGCUUCCAAACAACUGAAUGUAAAACACUUCUAGCCAGUUGUUGAAUUCCAUGCCCCUGUUUACUUCCAGUAUUUUCCUGCAAAAAUAGAGAAAAAUGUUGAUGACUGUUUCAAAUUCUCAGGAGCUCAAAUGUUCCAGAAGGCUGCUGGUUCCAGCUGUGUUGUUUUGAUGGCAGUGUUCUCCCAACAGUAGUGAGCCAGAGCUUGCCUCAUCUGGUGUGGUUUCUAUAGGAAGAGAGAAGGCACACAUGAUCAAGGCUACAGAAUAGAGAAUUACCUAUACUGCUGGCCAUUUUAGGGCACCAGAACGAGGGACAAAACACUAACCAACCUCUUAAACAGUUGUGCUAUCUGUAACUAGUUUUAUUUUUGUCCUUUCGGUAAGCUCAGCAACUUUACCUUGUUUACAAAUGUAUUUACACCAUUUGCUUCAGGCUAUGGAGCACUAUUGUUUCCCUCUUUUUACUAUUUAUAGGAUUCCUUUUUCACAACACUUUUAAUAAAAACAAACUGUAGAAAUAAACACAUUAAAAUCUG